AUGAAUGUACAUAACUUUAGCAGCAUCGUGGGAUUUGAGUUUAGGUUCAUCCCUCCGCGAGCUCCCCACUUUGGCGGCUUGUGGGAGGCCGCAGUGAAGUGCAUGAAGACCUUGAUGAUCAAAUGCUUGGGCAACACUGGGCUUACUUACGAGGAGCUUCAAACGAUUGCAAUCGAGGCGGAUGCAAUUUUAAACUCAAGACCAAUGGCACCGCUAUCCGAAGACCCGAACGAUGGAGAGGCACUUAGCCCAGCGCACCUGCUGAUUGGGUCCUCUCAGAUGUCUGUUUCGGAGCCUUCAAUUGACAAGAGCAGACCAUCCUAUCUUACGCGGUGGCAUCGCGCGCGCUCCAAAUGGCUCAAACCCGAUGCCAACAUUCAAAUUGGACAAAAUGUAAUAAUUCACGAGGAUAAUACACAUCCCAAGGAGUGGAUCCUGGGUCGCAUCACCAAAACACAUUUUGGAGCUGAUGGACGAGUAAGAGUGGCCGAGAUCAAGGUGAAAAAUGGAACCAUUCGUAGACCGAUCUGCAAGAUAGCGCCCCUGCCUGAGCAAAUUGGUGCUUGA